UUCUCCCGCGGCACGCGCAGCAGCCGCAGCCGCCUCGCGCCGGGUUCCUCCUUUGCAGCACGAGCCUCAGCAGCAGCAGCAGCAGUAACAGCAGCGGCAGCAGCAGGAGCCGGAGCCUCAGCAACUUCUGCCGCCGUCCCGCCGACGUGAUUGGUCGGCCCGCCGCCCGGGCUCGAGCCGCCGCCGCCUUCGCCGCGCGCGCCCUCCCCGCCGCCGCCGCCCCAGCCCGCAGCCCCGCAGCCCCGCAGGAGCCGGCCCGAGCCGUCCCGCGAAGAUGGUGGACCGCGAACAACUGGUGCAGAAAGCCCGGCUGGCCGAGCAGGCGGAGCGCUACGACGACAUGGCCGCGGCCAUGAAGAACGUGACCGAACUGAACGAACCUCUGUCCAACGAAGAGAGAAACCUGCUCUCGGUGGCGUACAAGAACGUGGUCGGGGCCCGGCGCUCCUCCUGGCGGGUCAUCAGCAGCAUCGAGCAGAAGACGUCCGCCGACGGCAACGAGAAGAAGAUCGAGAUGGUCCGGGCCUAUCGCGAGAAGAUCGAGAAGGAGCUGGAGGCCGUCUGCCAGGACGUGCUGAGCCUGCUGGACAACUACUUGAUCAAGAACUGCAGCGAGACGCAGUACGAGAGCAAGGUCUUCUACCUGAAGAUGAAGGGGGACUAUUACCGCUACCUGGCAGAAGUGGCCACGGGAGAGAAGCGGGCCACGGUGGUGGAGUCCUCGGAGAAGGCCUACAGCGAGGCCCACGAGAUCAGCAAGGAGCACAUGCAGCCCACCCACCCCAUCCGGCUGGGCCUGGCCCUCAACUACUCCGUUUUCUACUAUGAGAUCCAGAACGCCCCGGAGCAGGCCUGCCACCUGGCCAAGACCGCCUUUGACGACGCCAUCGCCGAGCUGGACACCCUCAACGAGGAUUCCUACAAGGACUCAACCCUCAUCAUGCAGCUCCUCCGGGACAACCUAACGCUCUGGACCAGUGAUCAGCAAGACGACGAUGGCGGAGAAGGCAACAAUUAAGCCCCCGGGUGGACUGGCAGCCGCACGCUGAUGCUACUACUGCAGUCUUUAUUUUUUUCCCACAAGUUGGGGGGGGGUCGGGUGGGGGAGGGGAAGGGAGGGGGUGACCUUCCCAGGGAGGAACCCACGGCCUAUCUUUGAUUGCCUCUUUGACAUUUUUGCCAAAAUACCACUAGUGGAGAGUCGGGCUGGCUGUGCGGGUGUGGAGUGGCAGCCUCACGCUGGCAUACGGACUGUUCUGUAGAUUAAUCCGAGUGGAGCUGUCUUUGAGUUAACUUAUUGCUAGUGAUAGGGUUUUAAGAUGAAAAAAACAACUUGAAUGGAUUGGCCCUCGUUUGAAUAAGUUCUGUGGUUCCAGUAAGAGUUCUGUUUUUUGUUUGGUUUUUUUAAUGUUCAUGUGCUCAUGUCUUGAGUUGUGGGUGCUGUGUAUAGUUCCUGUGUCGUAGUGCUGUACUUCCGUGGUGCACGCUACCCGUCCUGGCAUCGCUUCAAUCCCCAACAUGGCGGCUCCUUUAGCCUUAAGACGAGGCCGCGUUAACUUCCGAGACGCCCGUUAGCUUUGCAGUAUUGACAGUAAGUUACAGUUUACAGUAUUCUACAUGACAGCCAUACGUGACAUCAAGCCAUCUCUCGUGUCCAUCAUUCGCUUGGGUGUUUGGUGUUCUGUUCUUCCUGAGCCUGCGCUCCCCCGGCGGCCGGCGGCUCGCCGGGGGGGCAGCGGAGCCGCUCUGCAGCGGGGCUCGUGGGUAACUACAGGUGCUUGGCAAGUGGCGGUGGGAUUUGUCCUCUGUUCUUUUCCUUUCCUGCUAUUGACUCACCAAAACCAGUUACAACACUUUAAUCCCUCUCCUCAAGCCUGCUUCUAGUAAACACUUCCCCCUUCCCCCCACACAAUAGAGAAAAUUCAGGUCUGUAUGUCACGUGUCGUGUUGGCUUUCCAGGAUGGCACCCCAGCUCCUUCCUCAGGGAUUACACUGCCAGUCCCUUUCACUUGACUCUCUCUCACUGUACCUUCAGCCCACGGCAUCGGUCACCUGUUGGAUUAUGUGGGAGCUCAGUGGCCGCUCUAGGAGGCCUGGGGGAGGUACAGUGAGAGGAACUUCAGGUGCUAGAAGCCCAUUUGGUAGAGAAAUCCACAGUGGAAGAGCGAGGUUCAUAUGAACACGACCCUAGGAAAUUGAGGGAGCCCUGCAACUGUCCAUUCUUAGAGAAAAAAAAGGGAAAUGUCACUCCUGCCCCUUCCUGCCAUCCCCCAAAUUCAUUUAUUUAGUCAGAAAAUAAAUGGAUACAGAUCCUGAUAAAUUUAGACUGAAAGGCUUGUUUCCUUUUGACCUUUCCAACGUUUAAAAAAAUCAAAGCAUAGGAAAUUGGAGGUUGAUUCCCAUUCCCUUCUAAUUUAUUUAGUUAGUCGAUCAACAAGCAUUGAUCGAGUGCUUACUGUGUGCCUGGCACUGUGCUGAGUGCUGGAGAUGGAGCUUUACUUGAUUGGGAUAGAAGGAAGAUGCAGGACUCUUGUCACCAAUUGGUUUCCAGGAAGCCUCGAGUCCUUUUGGAGAAACCAAUCUAUAAACAUGAUAUAUCAGUGUUGCUUAUGUGUUGUGUUCAGUUUUUUUUUUUUCCUUAAAAACUGCCAUAAUGUGUCUGAAGUCUCAUGGUCACAGAUAUUUUGGCUUUUUGUCCCUUCAUUUAAACAAGAAUAAGUAAAUAAUUGAAUGAAAAAAUAAUUGACAAAUAUUUCUGCUAAAUUUAUAUACCAAAAUUUAUAAUCAGGAAAACUGGACCCAAAUGCCAGUGAAGUCAGAAGAAAUCAUUAUUGUACCGUGGAAUUAUGUGUAUUAUGUGUAACAUCACAUAGUCUUCCCUCCAGUGACUCCCUUUAGAAAUUCAUCUCCAUGAACUAGAGGGAAAAUCCUAAUUCAAUGCCCCCUACUGAAAGGACAAACAGCAAAAACCUGGAUUCCUGCUUACGCUGCCAGUUGAUACGUUGAGUAGAUGCCAUGGAGUGAUGAGUUUGGAUGGGAAGGAGAGGGGGUGUGGUUCUUUUUUACUUUAAAAUAAUUUAAAUUCAUGUCCAGAUGUGAGCAGUGUUGUCCCUACCUGUAUAACUUGGAAGUAAUUUACUGGAAUUACAAAACCUAUUUUUUUUUUUUUUAAACUUCAGCUUUGGCUCUGGCUGCUUUUAGUGAACCCUUCAGACCAUGAUCACACAGAGGCUGGGACGAGUGGGGAUGGGGAUUGGAUUCUUAAGCAGCUUCAUUGAUCUUUCCUCUUUGGUUUUAUUUUUUUUGUUGUUGUUGUUUUAUUUUUGUUUUUUAAGAAAUGCACUUGCCUAUGAUACUGUUUCUCCAGUGAAAUGACUGCUCCUCCAUUACUCUAUUGAUACCAUAUUGUGCAUGCUAGUGUUGUAUUUCUAUACAGUAGCUUGAGAUUUAUUAACUUAUACUGUAGAUGUUAUGUAUUCCUAUGACAAAAAAAAAAUUAAGUCUUCAAAAUUUUUUAAAGUUUUUUAAUUUAUUUUUUUCUUUUGGGGGUAAAGUUCGCUCUACCAAAUAGUGAUCGUAACAAAUUGAUCUGUUAUGGAUGUUGCUAUAGUGACAUGCAAUUAUAUCUUAUUUUGUUUCUAAAAAGGAAAACAAAGCAAAAGAAGCACCAGUAUUAGCUUAAUCUUAAUGUCUGGUGUUUGUUGUCACGGUGAGAUUCUAACUAUCACAGUGUAGGAGAACAAUGACUAUGUUCUUGGAAUGAGCCUUUGUGCUUUUUGUCAUGUUAUGCAGUGAACUAUUUUUAAGGUCUAAUCAGUGAUUAUUUUUCAACUCCGUGUUUCUGUAAGGAAUUAUUUCACACACGGACCAUUCUUAGCGGUUUUCCUCAGUGAUGGAAUAUCAUGAAUGUGAGUCAUUAUGUAGCCGUCGUACAUUGAGCAAAUAAACUUACAGAUCUGAUGUCAGUGCGUA